CGCUCCGCGCUUAAAGGGGUCGCGGCGGCCGCCGAGGGGAUGCGGCUGUCGCUUGGUUUCCUCUGGCGCGGAGGGCGGGCAAGCCUUUCUCCUUUCCCCCACCCCAGCUUUGUGGGGCUGCGUUAAAACUGUGCUUUGUUUUUCAGCCCAAAAGCACGGCUCGGGCAGGAUGCCCGCUGCUCCUUAUCUGCUCAGAGAGCUGCCCGUGAUUCGCCUUUCCCGGGCCGCGCCUCAGCUGCGGUAGCGCGGCUGGCGGCUACGGGGAACCGCUCCCGCUCGGCUGUGUCCCUCCGCGCCGGGCCGGGGUGGCUGCUGGCGGCCCCUGGGGCUGCGCUGCCAUCUGCGGCUUUUCUGUUUCAAUUGGUCCUGGAGCAGCUGCAGCCUGGGGCGCUGGGCACCGUGCUGGUAGCGGGGCUGAAAGCGAAAGGCAGCGCGAAGGACAGAUUUGUGAUAAAGCAGGUUGAAUGCAUUGAUGAAAACCAAGCAAAUGAGGCCUUGAAGGAGGCAAUGGAUUUGCUAAAACUUCAUCAUUCAAACAUCUGUGCUUACAAGGAAUUGUUUGUGACUUGGGAUAAUGAGAUAUCAUCCCUGUUCCUUUGUCUGGUAAUGCAGCACUCAGGCCAAGGAGAUCUUUCAUCUCUGAUCAAGACAAAAAGGCAGAAGCCAGAGAAAAUAGAGGACAUGGUGAUGCUGAAGUUUCUGGGACAGAUGGUGGAUGCUUUGUUUUAUAUACAUAAACAAAAUAUUUUCCACAGAAAUCUCAAGCCAUCAAACAUACUUGUGACUGGUGAAGCAUCCUUCAAGCUUUGUGACUUCGCUACAGAAACACUUAUGACCGAUGAAUGGAAAUGGAAAAUAAGAGUGGAAGAAAACAGCAAGUGUUGGAUGGCUCCGGAAGCAUUCCGGUUUUCUUUCAGCGAUAAGUCUGACAUCUGGUCUCUAGGUUGCAUUCUACUUGACAUGAUGACCUGUUUUGUGUUGAACGCAGAAGAAAUCACUUUGUUACUGCAGGAUGUCAGACAAGAUAGCAGCCAUCUUGAAGCAGUCCUGCCACUAAUGCAAAAUGGAGAUAACAGUCCUGUGCCUUUAUUCCCAGUUUUAUUCAUGAUGCUACAGAUCCAGCCCAGCAUGAGACCCACAGUAGAGGAUCUGAUUGAUGUGCCGAUUAUUGGGGAAUGCCUGAUUGCUGCUGGUUCAUCUUUAGUAAAACAGAAAAAGACUUUGUCUUCCUGUAUAAUAGAUGUGUUCCUUGGGGGAGGAAUCGGAAGCGUUCUAGAAUUCAUGCAGGCUUUCUGGGAUGUAGAAGAAGCGCAGGAUAGAGCCAUACAGCACCUUGCCCGCUUUGUAAGAGAUAAAAGUGCUCUACGCUAUCUGCUAAUGUUCACAGAAUCGAUCACUUGUGCCAUGAAGAGUCAUGUAGAUUCUCUCAAGUUACAAGUAGAUGGCUGCAGCUUAUUGCUUGAAAUUCUUAGUCAAGCUCUGGAACAGGAUGUGGUGAUGGUUCUGAAUGAGGACGUGACCAACUCUCUGUUAGAGACAGUGAGAAGGCGCUCUGAAGAUGAAGAGUUUCUUUCACUGAUCUGCCCAUUACUGAUGAUGAUUUCAGCUGAUGAAUUUGCUGCGGAAAAUCUGAGGAAAGCUGGAUUAAUUUCAGAUCUUCUGUCAAUUUUAAGAAAAUUUAUUCAUAAUGAACAGAUCUGCUACUCUAGCUGUGCAAUUCUCUGGAGCUUGGCUGUGAGUGAGAACAACGUAGACCAAGUAUUGCUGGAAAGUGCAGUCCCCAUUAUCACUGCGAUCAUUCAAGAGCACCUCCAGAAUGGAGCCGUUCUGAAGUCAGCUUGCUCGGCUUUGUGGGCACUCUCACUGCAAGGAUUUUUAACUGAAAAUGACUAUGAGCCCACAACAGCGCUUCUGAUGGAUGUACUUAGGAUGAACCUGGAAAGACCAAUGCUGGUGAAUAAUACCUGCCUGGCAUUAGCAAGCCUAAUAAGGCUAUCUGAAAUAUCAGCUUUCAGAUUUAUAACGGAUUCAAAAGGCAGUGGAAUAAACCUGAUCAAAGAUGCCUACCGCUUUUACCGCGAUGAUCCACAAGUGGUGGAAAGUAUCUGUAUGCUGAUUAACGAGAUGGUUCAGUAUGAUGACAUUACCCUGGAUAUGGUGUCCCAGAAAAUGGAAGAACUGCUGUCUGAAAUAAAGGGCCGGUUUCCAUCUAGCAUGGAGAUAAUGACCCUUGUGGAUACAGCACUUUUGAAACUGGAGGAGUAAAGUAAAAGCUUUUCCUAUAAGAACAAGACCUGUAGGCUUCUGGUUCAGAUAUAAAAGCCUGGAUCCUUCUGAAGUAUUUUACAAGAUAUUUCUCAAAAGAAAGAUUAACAUUGGGCCAUUAACAAUACAUAAACAAUUCUAUGUUCUGUUGAUUCAGUUACCACAACUGUGAGACUAACAGCAAUAUUUAAGAACUUGCCUUACUUUGUAGACUUUAAAAAUAUCCAAAAUAAAGGUUUUAGUCUUGAAAAGCAAUAACA